AUGGCAUCAGAAGACGAGCCAGCCUACGGCCGCCGGCUGCUCGUCAACGUUGUCGACGAAACCGCAGUCGCCGAACCAUCUCGCCCCUUCGCGUACGCGCCUCUCUCAAGCAAGCCCGAGGAUGGCUGGGAGCCCAUCACCUUUCGGCAGGUCGCCAACGCCGUGAACCACGUUGCUCGCCUCGUCGCCGACACGGUAAAGGCCGACUCCAAGGACGGCGAGCCUUUCCCGACGCUGGCCUACGUCGGACCCAGCGAUAUCCGCUACGGCAUUGUCAUGCUGGCCUGCAUCAAGGCCGGCCGCAAGGCUCUGUUUGUCUCGCCGCGCAACAGUACCGAGGGACAGCUGAGCCUGUUCGAGCGGACCCGCUGCGAUCAUCUCUGGUACGCCGAGUCGUUUGAGUCGCUUGUCCAGCCGUGGGUUGGGCAGCGGCCGAUGAAGGCUACCGUAGUGCCGGCAGCCGAGGAAUGGCUCAACUCCAACCCUGAACCGUUUCCCUACAGCCGGACAUUCGAGGACGCUCGCUGGGACCCAAUGGCGGUCCUUCAUACAAGCGGCUCUACCGGCAUCCCGAAGCCCAUCGUCGUGCGCCAGGGCUCUCUGGCCAUUGCCGACGGCCAGCGAACCCUGCCCGAGUACCAUGGCUGCGACAUUCUGUGGAAGCACUGGGAGAAAAACGCGACGAGAAUGUUCAUGCCCAUGCCUUUGUUCCACGCGGCCGGCCUCAAGGCAGGCUUUAUUCUCGCCGUCUACUACCGCAUACCCAUCGCGCUGGGGAUGCCGAACCUGCCUCUCACCCCUGAUCUCGCACUCAAGUGCCUGACUCACUCGGGCACCGAUGCGGCCUUCUUGCCGCCUUCCCUAAUCGAGGAGCUAUCGCGGAGCUUCGAGGGUGUCAAGGCAUUGAGAAACCUGAAGUUUCUGACUUUUGGUGGAGGCCGUUUGUCAGAAUCCGUAGGGAAUGCCCUUGCCCAGCAAGGCGUUACCCUCAACAACGUCAUCGCCUCUACCGAGUCUAGACUGAUGCCCUACGCAAUCUACUACCAGAAAAGACAGGACUUGUGGCAGUACUUCAUCAUCAACAGCGACGUCAUGGGGGCAGACUGGCGCUGCGUCGACCCAGACGAGGGCAUCUACGAGCUAUUCGUCCGCCGCAAGAAUCCGCGAGACCCCGCCGGGCAGCCGCUCUUCUACACAUUUCCCGAGCUGGACGAGUGGUCGACGGGCGACCUGUACAAGCCUCACCCGUCUCUGCCCGACCACUGGAUCUACCACGGCCGCGGCGACGACGUCAUCGUGUUCUCGACAGGGGAGAAGCUAAAUCCCGUCACCAUCGAAGGCACCGUCGCGGGCCACCCGGCCAUCAAGGGCGCGCUGGUAGUCGGCCAGAAUAGAUUCCAGCCAGGCCUCAUUCUCGAGCCGCACGUGGCGCCCAAGGACGACGCCGAGGCCAAGGCCCUCAUCGACGACGUGUGGCCACUCGUCCAGGAGGCCAACAAGGCCUCUGUGGCCCACGGCCGCAUCACCCGUCGUCUCAUCACGCUCUCGGAUCCAAACCUCCCCUUCCAGCGCGCAGGCAAGGGCACCAUCCAGCGGGGCGUGACCCUCAAGGCGUACAAGUCGGCUAUAGACGUCCUGUACGAGCACGCCGACGACCCAGACGCGCAGGAAUCCGUCCCGCUCGACUUUGGGAGCGAGGAAGCACUGACGCAAUCCAUCGUGGCCCUGUUCGCCACCAACGUUGGCGCCCGAGACGUGCAGUCGGACACGGACUUUUUCUCAGUCGGCGUCGACUCGCAGCAGGUCAUGAGCGUCUCCAACAUCCUGCGAAGCAGCGCCAAGUCGGCGGGCGUCUCCAUCUCCCGUGACGCCCUGGCCCCGCGUGUCAUCUACGCAAACCCGACUCCGAGAAGCCUGGCAGCCCAUCUCCUUGCCGAGGCCCAGGGCGACGGCUCAGGAAGCGGCGAAGUAGCGCGCGAGAUUGAGAAGACAAAGAGCCUUGUGGAAAAGUACACCAAGGAUCUGCCUGCCCCCGCCUCCGCCGACAAGCCGGAUCCCCUGGAUGAGGGUCAGACGGUCCUGCUGACGGGUAGCACCGGCUCGCUCGGAGCGUAUCUGCUCGACGGCCUCUGCACGUCCGCGCAUGUCAAGCGCGUCAUUGCCAUGAACCGCGGUGCUGACGGCGGUGCAUCGCGCCAGGGUUCUAUCAGCGCCGCCCGCGGCCUCGGCACCGACUUCUCCAAGGUCGAGUUUGUCGGCGUCGAUCUGUCGCUGCCGGACCUCGGACUCGGCCCGGCCAAGUACGCCGAGCUCCUGACCUCGGCGGACCGCAUCAUCCACAACGCGUGGCCCGUCAAUUUUAACAUCAGCGUCGCCUCCUUCGAGCCGCACAUCCGCGGGGUGCGCCGCCUUGUCGACUUUGCCAGCGCCGCAGCGAAGCGCGUCUCCAUCAUCUUCAUCUCGAGCGUCAGCACUGCGGCGGCCUGGACGUCGCCGGACCCGGUCCCGGAGCGUAGCCUCGAUGACAUGGCGAUGGCUGAGAUGGGCUACGGCCGCUCCAAGAUGGCCGGCAGCAUGAUCCUGGACGCGGCGGCGGCCCGUUCCGGGGUCCCCGCGGCUUCGGUCCGGGUGGGGCAAGUGGCGGGUCCACGCGGCCUCAAGGGCAUGUGGAACAAGCAGGAGUAUCUCCCGUCUCUUAUCGCCAGCUCCGUCUACCUUGGUGUGCUCCCGGAUAGCCUGGGGUCCGGCGGAGUGGUGGACUGGACGCCCGUCGAGGACAUUGCCGGGCUCGUCCUUGACGUCUCUGGCGUUACCGUCAGGCAGCCCAUCUCCGCUAUCAGCGGCUACUUUCACGGCGUCAACCCAGCCAAGACGACUUGGGGCGUGUUGGCACCCGUGCUGGCGCAGUACUAUCAAGGCCGCAUCAGGAAGCUCGUCGGCAUGGGCGAAUGGGUCGAUGCCCUCAGGGCCAGCGAGAGCGCGAGCGCAGACGUGGACAAGAACCCGGCCAUCAAGCUGUUGGACACAUACGAGGCAAUGUAUCAGGCGUCCGAGGCAGGACAGGGCCAUGUCGACUUUGACAUGACGAGGACCGUGAGCCACAGCCCGACGGCGGCGAACCUGAGCGCCGUGACCGUGGACUUGGUGAAAAACUGGUGUGCGCAGUGGAAUUUCUGA